GCCUGCUCGUCGCACCAGGCCUCGACCUUAGCGCAUCCUCCUCCCCAAUUCGACGGCGUGACGGCGGCGAUGGCGUCGCGGAAGCUCGUCCUCGGCCUCACGGCGGCAAGGCGGUUGAGGCCUCGCGUCCCCGUCCUCGUCUCGUCCUCUCCCCUUCUGGAAGCCUCCACAUCGACCUCCCACGCCGCCGCCGCCGCCACCCAUGCGAUGCAGGGUUCGAGGGUGGGGCCGUGGGGGCAGUUCCUAUCAACGAGGACGCUCUCAUCGACGCGUCAGGUGGCGCAGCCGGCCGGGGAUGCGCCUGGCCCGUCCUCCGUGGACCACAGGUCAAUACUGCCUGAGGAUGAGUUUCAUAAAUUAGCAGAUGAGACAAUACACGACCUGCUUGAAAAGCUUGAGGAAUAUGGUGAUUCUCUUCAGAUGGAUGGCUUUGACAUAGAUUACGGGAACCAAGUUUUAACAUUGAGGCUUGGGGAGUUGGGGACAUAUGUGGUAAACAAGCAAACACCAAACAGACAAAUUUGGCUUUCUUCACCGGCGAGUGGUCCUUCUAGGUUCGAUUGGGAUGCAUCAACGAAUGGUUGGAUAUACAGGCGAACAGGAGCUAAUCUUGUUCAACUUCUGGAGAAAGAGAUUGGUGAGCUCUGUGGUAGUCCAGUAGAACUUUCAUAAGAGUGAAGGGAAAUGCCACGCAACUAGUAGGGUGGAUCAUAUGACACUUAUGGCCCUGUAUGAAUGAGGUGGAGCUUUGUAUGACCGGCCUUGCCGAUGAAACCAAAACUCUGUUGUACUAGACACGUCUGCUCAUUGCUUGGAAUAAAGUUGUCCUUACGAACGAGCAAA